UGCAAAAGUAAAGAAACAAAACAAAAAACAAAAGAAUAAAGAUGAAACCUGCUUUAACGACGAUAAAUGCAACGAGCAAGCAAAGCGCAUCUGUAAUAUUUUUCCAUGGCUCCGGGGAUACUGGUCCGAAUGCAUUGGAAUGGGUGCGCUUUCUGCUGGGACGGAAUUUGGAGUACCCGCAUAUAAAAGUCAUUUAUCCAACAGCCCCAAUGCAAAAGUACACUCCGUUGAACGGCCAAGAGUCCAAUGUUUGGUUCGAUCGUCGCUCGGUAAACAUUGCGGCACAGGAAAGCAAAAAGAGCAUGUCACAAUGUUACGAAAACGUUCAUCAGCUUAUCGAAGGAGAGGUCACAAAGGGCAUACCGGCCAACCGCAUAAUUGUUGGGGGCUUUUCAAUGGGUGGUGCGUUGGCCUUGCACACGGGAUACCAUUUGAAUUAUGGAUUAGCUGGUGUCUUUGCGCACUCUUCUUUUCUCAACCGUAACUCCAUCGUCUAUGAAUCCCUGCAGUCAGGUUCCCAGCAGAAAGAAGAUCUUCCAGAGCUCCGAAUGUUCCAUUGAGAGCGCGAUACCAUGGUGCCGCUCGAAUGGGGCCUUGAGACUUUUGAAUCUCUUCAAACGUUAGGUGUCAAUGGUACAUUCAAUCCAUUGAAAAAUACACUGCAUGAGCUAAAAAAGUCGUCGCUCCUGGAACUACAGCAAUGGAUACUAGAAAAACUGCCUCCACUUGAAAACGAUUUACUCAAUAAACUGUGAGGGAAUUUGGCAUAAAACCAGCGCAACUAUCAGCAGUGCAGAGGCAAGUCUUGCUAUCACUUGCUUGAUCUACUUGUUGAUCUUCUCCACCGUAAUGAAAGCACAGUUCUUCGUGAGCAUGAAUAUUGCGUGCUGCGAAAAUACCUUUAAAAAUAUACAUGCAUUUGUUCGCUAAUUUGUAAAAA